AUGAAUAUACUCGAACUUGGGGAACUGUUGUUACUUGUUUGCACACUUGGGCAACCCACCGGGGCCCACAGUCAACUCAUACCGAACCACGUAGCACUCAAGCUGAGAUGCGGCUCUGUCAACAGGGGCGGAGCCCCAUCUGCCCGCACUGAACUUUUGGGCUCCAUAUCCUCAAUCCCCCACCGCAACUUUAACCUCCAAGUGUAUGCUGCAGAGAUAAGGGAUUCGACCAGGAACGGAACAAGGGUUUGGCUUGGGACUUUUAACAGUGCAGAAGAACCUGGUCUUGUUUAUGAUCGAGCUGCAUUUGCAAUGCGCGGGGCUUCAGCUCCCCUUAAUUUUCCUUCGGAGAAAGUAAAGAAAUCUCUUAAAAACAUGAAUUACAAGUGCGAAGAUGGUUCGUCACCAGCUGAAGCCAUAAAAGAGAUUCACAGGGCUCGGAGUUCUUUCUCAUCUCCUUUCUGGUUUCUUACUUGA